CAGCAACUACCUUCAGACUCACCCAAUACAGCAACCUCGCAAGAUCUGGUUGUGGGAGAGCAUUCUAACCAUGAAGAAGGAUCUCUGCCCAAAAAGAGGAAGCUGGGACCUCCUGAAGCCCCCACAGAUGGUUCAGAGGAUCUUCCACAGAGGAGUAAGCAGCUGGCACCCAUGCUCAUUCCUGCCCACCCUCCACACUGCAACCAGACAACAUUUAGAGCAACCACAUCAGGACCUCAAUCUAUAAAAGAACGAGGACCAGUGAAAAAUUCACACCCUGCAAAGCCCAAGAAGCAUCAAACUUUAAUUCUUAAUGACUUGCUAGAAGAUGUAACCUUUGCCGAUGUGACACUUACAGCUGAGGGGCAGUCGGUUAAGGCACACAAGGCAGUGUUGUCAGCCAUGAGCCCCUACUUCAGAAGUGUGCUGCAAAACAACCCAAGUCCUCACCCCAUUAUCAUCAUGCCUCUGGACAUGCGGUUUGAGGAUCUGAAAGGAAUUAUUAAUUAUAUAUAUGUGGGUGAGAUAAUAGUACCAACUCAGAAUUUGUCCUCACUAUUUAAGGCAGCUCAAGUUCUUCAGAUUUCUGAUUUGUCCACCAUUGAUGCCACUGGCUUAAGCAGACCUGGUGCAUCUUCAUCAUCCAGUAACAUACAGUUCACACAUAAUGUUGAGACAGCCACACCAACUGGAACACUAGAUAUUGAUGAAACAGCCACACGAACUAGAACACCAGAUAUAGGUGAUACAGCCACACCAACUAGAAUCAACCAGUCUGAUGGAGUAAGGGCCUGUACAAGGAGAAAGGAUGAUGUUAAUAAGAUACAGUCAUCUAAUAGAAUUCAAAAGUGCACAGUAUCAUCUGCCACUGACAAUCUGGACAAAAGUCAGAAACAUAUACACAUUUGGGCAAACCAUACUGCAGCGGACACUGAAGACCCAUUAGAUAUUAGCAACCAUAAGAGACCAGAAGGUGGAUCUUCAUCUGAGCAGACAAAAGACAAAAGCUCAUUCCUGGAAGAUCUUCCUGUAUUUUUACCUGAUGGAGAAACCCUAUCAAGUGACAUAGAUUGUGACUAUUUAGAACAUGAAAAAGAAUUCAUUGACUCACAGCUUCAUUAUCAAGGGAGUGAAUGGGUUUUUCAUCAGGCUCCAAGCAUAAUAUCUGGUGAACUGAAUAAUGAUGCCACAAGCCUGCUGCAUAUUAAAGAAGAGUUUAACUAAAACAGCACAUUUAUUGUUACUUGUUCAAAAUAAAUAUAUAUUUUUAAUGAAUUUUGAACUUGUAUUCAUUUGAAUAUGUAGAACAGAUCAUUAAGGAGGCAGAAUAAUCAUUAGUAUUGGAAUGUCAAUUAUUCAUUUACACAUGAAGUUUAAA